ACCAAAACGAGGGAAAGCAGAAAAGAUUGAGCAUUAGCAGAAAAACAGAAGGAAAAAUGGCGUGCAGGAGAAUGCUUCGUUAUUCCACCAUUCUCACAGAACCCCUUCUACUCUGUCCUUCCAAUUUGAAUUUCAAUCACCACUAUCACAUUCACAUAGCCUCACGCAAAUGCAAUAACCUCAAAUCCAUUACCAUUAAGCCUCGCCAAUUUCAUUCUCCGAAACCACCCAUUGCUUGCUCUUCCAUUGAAACGACGCCGCAUCACGACGCCGACGACCAGGAUCCUCCUCAGGAAACCGUGUUGAAAGCCAUUUCAGAGGUUUCCAAGAGUGAAGGGAGGGUUGGUGGAGGCACUGUGGCUGAUGAUUCAACUAAGGAAUGGAUGGCAUUGGACCAGAAGGUGAACACGUACCCGACGGUUCGAGGAUUUACUGCAAUAGGAACUGGAGGUCAAGAUUUUGUGCAAGCCAUGCUUGUUGCUGUGGAAUCUGUCAUCCAACAACCUAUUCCUCAGGGACAAGUGAAGCAGAAAUUAUCAUCAGGGGGCAAAUAUGUAUCUGUAAAUAUUGGUCCCAUUGAAGUUGUUUCCUUUGAACAGGUCCAAGCUGUGUAUAAUGCCAUGAGGAGGGAUGGCCGGAUUAAAUAUUUUUUAUAAUCUGUCUCAUUAUUUUGUAUAGAAUGCUGGGUUUGCAAGGCAUGUACAAACAUGCCUGCUUUUUACUAGUUAGCUAAUUUUGUCUUUGAUUAACCUGUGAUAUAUCUUAUCAGAGUAAUCACGGUGCAAUUUUGAUUUCUUCUGUAUUCCCUGAAGAUUUAUCCGUAUGAUUUGUAACUAACAUAUAAUAUAAUAGACAUUGUUUGGUUUAUUUCAAUCUUAAAAGGGAUCAGGGAAACAAUUUUGUAGUGUAUGUAGUUGAAGGGUGAGUUAUAUAUGUCUUAAUUGUUGCUUUGAGAGCAGACUGAUUUAGUUUU